AUGACCCAGGUUGAGCACUGGCCCGAAGUCCCACGACGUAGCGACAACCUCUGGCGAGAAGCCGCGGACUUCCUUAGCGAGGAGGAACGGGCGAGCCUCGAUUUCCAACGCCCCGAGAAGCUUCAGAUUCUCACUGACUUACAUCGGGUCACUGAAAAGGAGCGAAAAUCCGGCGAAAAGGUCAUUGUUCGAGAUCUGUUCGCGAAGGUUGCGAAGUGGAUUACACGAUUUAAGGAGCUUGGAGAUGUCGCUGUCCAAUUCGACCCUGUCCACGCGGCACUGCCCCGGGCAGGCGUUAAGUUUCUUCUAAAGGUGAUGUUCGCAGCGCGUCCUGCGAUUAGCGAUUUUGAAGUCACCGAGACGAUUCUCGAACACACAACAUCUCUUGCAGAGCUGAUAUCUUGUUACGCCGUUUUGGAAGAGCUAUACCUCCAAUUGGUCUCGGUCGCUGCAUCGGAGUUAAGCACGGCGCUGACAGGGCUGUACAAUAUAGACCGCUCAUUCAAGAACGUGUUCCAAGUCACACCCGACUUUCAGGCUAUCAUCGAUGAGGUUGCGACCGUCCAGCUGGCUGUUGACGAAUGCGCUAGAUUGGUCGAUAGGAAUGAUUGGUUAUCGACGGAACCAUACAAGAAGCACCACAACAAGACGCGCAAGGACUUCCUUGCUGGUACUGGGACCUGGCUUCUCACCCACCCCUUGUAUAAAGAGUGCAAAGAUAGUAGCGCUUCUAGUCUUCUCUGGCUGCAUGGAAUCCCGGGGUCUGGAAAGAGCAAGCUAGUUUCGCUUGACAUUAAGGACUUCUUGCUAGAGUGCAAGAAUGGCCGCUCACCCCCACCGGCCUACUUCUACUGCUCGCGAAACCCUGCUGAGCCAGGACGCUCUAAUCCAGACAAUAUCCUCGCCAGCAUUGCUCGACAGCUCGCGCGCGCCAACGGCGUAGGCCAGCUACUCGCGCCAGUAACUACCCGAUGUCGAGAAGAAGAGAAAGAAGGAUUUCCCGCAGGUCAACUUGAACUACACGAUUGUCGUCGCCUCAUCCUCGAAAUCCUUCCCUUUUAUUCCGCCGUCAUAGUCAUUGACGCGCUCGAUGAAUGCGACUUGGAGCGAAGAUACGAACUUCUAGAAGUUCUCGACGACGUCUUGAAUGAGUCGUCCACUUUGAUCAGAAUGCUUGUAUCGAGCAGAGAUGAUCAGGACCUGGACUGGGACCGACAAGCUUAUACGUCGCCGGCGAUUGCUGGGAUUUUCCAAUCGUAA